ACUGAUUAACACGCUUUCACUAACUCACAUUCACAAUUCAGACAUAAUGUUGUCUUCAAAUCUUAAACACUCACCUCUCUCUACUCUCACAACCAUCACCACCACCGCCGACGCUGCCAAUCCUACAUCCGCCGUCUCCACCGCCGCUUCCAUUUAGGGUUUAUCCCAUUUCCCCCAAAAUCCUCAACGCACCUAACAAAAUCAAGAAACCACAAAAAAAAUCAAAUUAUUACAUUAAAUUAAUGUCAGCUUCCAGAUCGAAUUUAUACUAAAUUAUACGAAAAGAAAAACAGAAGAGAGAGAAACCGCAUCUGUUUGUUCAAUUUUUUAAACUUCUCUCUCUAAAACCUUUGCUGUAACUGAAUAAGAACAAACAUUGAGGGAGCGGUAAUGAAACAAGACAAUACUCCUCUAAAGAGAGCCAGCGGAGUUGGCGGAGGAGCCUUACCGACCACCGCGAACGGCAGAGCUUCCGGUGGCCGUCCAGCAAUGUCACGCGGCCGACAGAUCCACAAAACGUUCAACAACAUCAAGAUUACUAUUCUAUGUGGGUUCGUUACUAUUCUUGUUCUUAGGGGCACAAUCGGUAUUGGAAAUCUCACUAGCUCAGAUGCUGACACCAUUAAUCAGAAUUUAAUCGAGGAGACUAAACGGAUCUUGGAGGAGAUCCGUUCUGAUAAGGAUCCGACUGACCCGGAUGAGCCACCGGAGCUUGAGUUCAACCCCAAUGUUACCUACACUUUAGGUCCGAAAAUUGGUAAUUGGGAUCAAGAACGUAAGGUAUGGCUUAAUCAAAACCCUGAAUUUCCUAGUUUUGUUAAUGGUAAAGCUAGGAUUUUGCUUUUAACUGGGUCGCCGCCGAGCCCGUGUGAUAACCCGAUUGGAGAUCAUUAUUUAUUGAAGGCUAUUAAGAACAAGAUUGAUUAUUGUAGGAUUCAUGGGAUUGAAAUUGUUUAUAAUAUGGCUCAUUUAGAUAAAGAAUUAGCUGGGUAUUGGGCUAAAUUGCCUAUGAUUAGGAGAUUAAUGCUUUCACACCCUGAGGUUGAGUGGAUUUGGUGGAUGGAUAGUGAUGCUAUGUUUACUGAUAUGGUUUUCGAGAUCCCGUUAUCGAAGUACGAUAAGCAUAAUAUGGUCAUUCAUGGGUAUCCGGAUUUGUUAUUUGAUCAGAAAUCUUGGAUUGCGUUGAAUACCGGAAGUUUCUUGUUUCGUAAUUGUCAAUGGAGUUUAGAUUUGCUUGAUGCUUGGGCUCCGAUGGGUCCUAAAGGUAUUGUAAGGGAGGAGGCUGGUAAGAUUUUGACUGCGAAUUUGAAAGGGCGGCCGGCAUUUGAGGCUGAUGAUCAGUCAGCUUUAAUUUACUUGCUGCUUUCGCAGAAGGAUCAGUGGAUGGAUAAGGUGUAUGUUGAGAAUCAGUAUUAUUUGCACGGUUAUUGGGCUGGGUUGGUAGAUCGGUACGAGGAGAUGAUUGAGAAGUACCACCCGGGUUUGGGUGAUGAAAGAUGGCCUUUUGUUACUCAUUUUGUCGGUUGCAAGCCGUGUGGAAGCUAUGGGGAUUAUCCUGCUGAGAGGUGCUUGAAAAGCAUGGAAAGAGCUUUCAAUUUUGCUGAUAAUCAGGUGCUUAAGUUAUAUGGGUUUGGGCAUAGAGGAUUAUUGAGCCCCAAGAUCAAGAGGAUCAGGAAUGAGACAGUGACUCCCUUGGAGUCUGUAGAUCAGUUUGAUAUUCGCCACUCCGCUGAUAAAAGCAGUAGAUGAGGGAGCAAAUGAAUCGGAAAGUUAGUGAGCGAAAUAUGUUGGUUGUGCCAUACUUUGUAGGUAAUGUAAUUCCUCAGUCAAAGGCAGAUUUAAAGUUUAUAACACUUUACAUUAAAGUGAGUUUCUUUGGUAAGUUGUCUUUGUUCUGCUUCUGCAAACAAAAUGUUAGAAUUCUUUGAUUGACAUCAAUAUUGUCUUCAUCCUGUGUUUUUGAGUAAUCAAUGAAGAAAAAUCAAAUAUACAGUUUGAUUCUCCUUUUUCAUAAA